AUGCUUGAGUUUGUGAAAGAUGGCGGUGUGAUGCAUUCUGAGGAGCUGCAGAGUGUUGAUUCAGUGACCCUGGAGACUUAUGGGGAGUUAGCAUGUGAGAGCAGGAAUAUGCUGUUGUGUAUACUAAUGUGUGAAGGUAGAAAGCAAGUCUACUUAGCAAGCAGUAUUGUGGCGAUGCGGUAUUCUGUUGUGAAUGGGAUCCGUGUGUAUAAGCUGCGGGACCCAGUUACCAGAGUUGAGGUUGAUGAGAUUCUGUAUUUUGAGACUGAAGAGAAUCCACUGUAUCUGAAGCAUGGCGAUGCAUCGAUUUUGAAUGCAGUGUGGGAUGGAGGCGUGAAUAAGGAGACGAUUGAUGAAGAAAGUAAUCUGUUUGGGCGGAAGACGGAAGAUGCGAUUGUGAAAGCAGUAUACAUUGGAAACGAGGUUGAUCUUCUAUGCAGCAAAAACAUGCAGAAGAAAAUUCUAGGGAUUGAUGCGAAGACACCUGUGCACAGAAGUGUGUUGUACAGGAUUGCAAAGGCCUGCACGAUUUUUUCGUUGAUGUUUUUUUUACUGAUGUGUUUUUUUUAUGCAAUGAUGAUGAUCAUUGUACGGUUUGGAGGCAUGGAAGAAGGAAUCUGA